AUCCGCUCGCAGAACAUCGUGCCCUGCACCGUGUCGCAGCUGCUGGCAGCCGAGCAGGUGGACGAGACCUUCAGGAUCCGCGAGGUGGAAAUCUCCCAGGUCACCAUCAUGGGCAUCAUCCGGCACGCUGAGAAGGCACCAACCAACAUUCUCUACAAAGUGGAUGACAUGACAGCAGCCCCGAUGGACGUCAGGCAGUGGGUGGAUACUGAUGAGGCAGGUGGUGAGAACGUUGUGGUACCUCCAGGAACUUAUGUGAAGGUAGCUGGACACCUUCGGUCUUUCCAGAACAAGAAAAGCUUGGUGGCAUUUAAGAUCAUGCCUCUGGAAAAUAUGAAUGAGUUCACCACACACAUACUAGAGAUUGUCAACGCACAUAUGAUCCUAAGAAAAAAUCUAAUGUCAGCAUCAAGAGGGCCUCAGUCAUUUCCUGGGACGGGUGACAUGGGGGGCUAUGGAGGAGGUGGCAGCUUGCCAGUGAAUGGACUCACAGCACAUCAGAGUCAGGUGUUGAACUUGAUUAAGAACUGCCCUGUCCCAGAAGGUAUGAGUCUUCAAGAGUUGAAACUUCAGCUCCAAAAUAUGAGCAUGUCAACAAUCAAGCAAGCUGUCGAGUUCCUCAGCAGUGAGGGACACAUCUACUCCACUGUGGAUGAUGAUCACUAUAAGUCGACAGAUGCUGAGUGA